AGGCUAUAUAAUGCAAUAAAUUCAAUAUAUAUAUAUGUAUAUAUAUAUAUAUCCGCUAGACGAAAAUCUCAGCAGGCAUACAAUUCGGCAGCUCGUCGGAGGAGGAUUGAGAGCUAUGGCGUUGCCCAAGGCCAAGGAUGUCGUCGCCGCCAACCCCGUCGUCGUCUUCAGCAAAUCGUACUGUCCGUUCUGCGUGCAGGUGAAGCAGCUGCUCGCUGACCUGGGGGCUACCUUCAAGGCUAUCGAAUUGGAUCAGGAAAAGGAUGGAGAAGAAGUUCAGGCUGCUUUGGCUGAGUGGACCGGACAAAGGACCGUGCCUAAUGUAUUCAUUGGAGGCAACCACAUUGGUGGCUGCGACAAAACGACAGCUAUGAAUGGUGACGGGAAGCUUGUGCCAUUGCUGACUCAGGCUGGAGCUGUUAAGGCUUCUUAAAGAGUCGGCAUAGUUGCUUGGCUGAUGAUAGUGUGUAGUUAAUCAAUAAUACUGGAGAUGCUUUGUUUCGUGUUUGAACCCCGUGUUUUAUGCUAGAUGUGGAAUCUUAUGUGUGGUGGUGUUAAGACCUUUUAUCCGUGAAUUUGAAGUAAGAUGGUCUCGGAUUCUGGUUCAUAGCA